AUGCAAGAAGAGAAGCUUUACAUGAGCACAAUGUUCAAGUCAUGGCUGAGAGAGCGCAACAUGGUAAGCCCAGAAAGAAUGGCCGAGAUCCUCGACCACACGUCAACAUUCUUCGAUUACUUCAACAGCCCAGUGCCCAUCCCAAUCAACUCUGCCUUUCAAAAGCUCCCAUUCAAAGUCGGCUUCAGAGAUCGUUUGAAACUUAAUACAAGCAACGAGUUGAUUGACCCAGGCAGUCUCAGUCCUGAUAUCCGCCACUUUCGUCUGAAAUGUAGGAUGAUCAAGGAGUUCAUGCUGAGAACCAGUCAGAAACUAAAAGAGAAUGGUCGGGUCGAUGGUGAAGUGCGCCAUCUACUGAUUAUUCUCUGUGACAGAAUUGAGAGACUGGAUCUUGAGCCCUAUGGGAAGGAGUACGAAAUCAAGCGUAGAAAGGAAGCGGAGCAUCCACUACACAGAUCAAAUAGAGAGAUGGAAGAAGGAGAUGAAGAAAAUGGAGAAGCUCAGAGCUGGAUGACAAUCAAGUUGAGGAAGCAGAGAGCACAAACCCAAGGAUCUGAGGUUGAGAAUACUUCUGCAUUGAACCAGCAGGAGCCAGCAUUUUCACAGUCAGAAGUGGACGUUGAGAUGAAAAGAAUAAUGCGGCAGUAUGCAAAAAGUGAUGAAGAUGGUGUCUUUUGGAAAAUGGUGCAAGAAAGGAGGCAUAGGAAAGAUCUAUUGUAUUCUAAGUCAGAAGCAGAAGCAGAGAUGUCCAGGAUAUGUGAGAAGUAUGCAAAACGAGAUGAAAAUGGGAAUAUCAAGAAGACUUGGAUGCGAGUCAAGCGAGAGAAAGAGGUAGAGGUAAAAAGAUGA